CCAUGGAUUACUAGUAUAACUAACCCUAUCUGGAGAAGGGCACUAAAAUUACCGGAAAAGACAGUCUAUGGGGAUGUGCGUUUAAAUAUCCGCUCUUUCAUCUCACUUUCUUUUCUUUCUUUAUCAAGCAGUCUCUCUUUGACAUCCGUCGUUUUUUUCCCUUUGCAUCUUCGUUGAGUUUACACUGCUGUGCAGUAACUCUGUCCUUCAUUUGAAUCUCGAUCUCUACAAGUACAUACAAGUACAUCUCACUCUUUUCAAUCCACAAACAUACUGCCAAGUAUAAAUAAACAACAAAAUGGCCCCCAUCUUCAAGUCCCUUUUCCUCCUCGGCACCCUCGCCGCUACCUCCCUCGCCGCCCCCCUCCAAACCACCACCAACCAAAAGCGCGCCGCUAGCUCCUGCACCAAGGACGCCCCCUGCAACGGCCAAGUUACCUUCUACGAUACCGCAACCUCCGCGUCUGCCCCAAGUAGCUGUGGCUUCACCAACGAUGGCGAGACCGAGUCUGUUCUCGCGCUCCCGCACGGCAUCAUGACGGACGAAGACUGCGGCAAGACCGUGACUGUCAAGUAUGGUGGCAUUACCAAGACUGGUAAGGCGGUGGACAAGUGUAUGGGAUGCGACGAUACCUCGAUUGAUCUGUCGCGGCACUUCUUUACGGAGUUGGCAGCGUUGCUGGAGGGGAGACUUUUUGGGGUUGAGUGGUAUAUGGAGUAAGCAUUGAUCGCUUUAGCUUUGGGGUAUAUUGGGGUUUUUAUAUAUAUCUAUUCUAUUGUCAUUCUUUUGAUCCUUAAGGGUUAUCUUCGUGUCUAUACCAUUCUUUCGCUAAAUGUUUAUUACUGCUCACUAUGCACUAUGAAUACCCCGUAAUUAUCCCGAGGAUAUGCCCGGACACUGCCACACGAGUCGUGUACAUGGUAGUAUGCCCCGUAGCUAGCGGAAUAAUGCAAGUCACCACCAAAGUAGCAAUGAUACACGUGAGCUGCAGGUGUUCAAUAGUGCUG